CUUACCACGGAUAAGUAAUGUUUAUCGCCUGUUAUUUUGUCUUCAAGCCAUUUGGCACAAGAGACGAGCUCAGCACCAUGGACAAGAUCAACCAACAAAAUUCCCAUUUGGGGUCUGGGCGGUUUUAACGAAGAAAUGAAAAGCUUUCGCGUGUAGAAAAGUUUUCUGGACCAGAGCGAAAAGGGAUAUGGAGAAAGUAGUGAGUAUAUAGUUUCUAAACUUUAAAGAGAAGUCAUUUAGCAUGUAAUCUAAAGUGAAUUAUAUUACAAAAAUAGGUUCAGUCUCCUUCGAGAAAGUUUAGUGUCAAGAGCACAAUGGUGAUUGACACCUCGUGUGGUCUGAACCUACAUGCUUUCAGUCACCAGCCCAGAUAUUUAACCACGAGGCUACACCACCUCGAAAGUGAGUGUAAUGUUUAAGAAAAUCAACGCAGCUUUCCGUCAAAACUAUGGGCAUCGCGCGCGGGACGGGUUCAGGACCAAAGGGGACUACCAUAGCGCGUGCACCGUCAAACUGGUCCGAAGCACGUCGAUGCUUGUGGUCGGAGAGAGCAGUCGCGUGCAUCAAGACUCCACGCUGAAGCGGAGCGUGAGUGCCGCGAGUGUCGUGUCCAGUACGGCCCUGUACUACUACCAGAGCCGAGAGGACCGAAUAUGGCUUCUUUCCCAGAACCAGAACUGCUUGGAGUACUUACAGGAACUAGUCGCGCUCAGGCGUCAAUACACCAAGAGCAUCAGUGACCUCAAGAAUGGCGAACGGAAGGAGAGCACAACUCGCAGGAAGAAACCCGCACCCCAGCCACCGCAAAAUAGAGUUCCACAGAUUUCAAGGCCUGAACCUUCUGCUCCACCUAUCCCAAAUGAGGAAGACACACUCCAGUUCUUUGAUGCGGUCAUUGCAAGCUGUGACCCAGAGCCCAAACGAAAACCACAUAUGGAUAAUGGGCAUGCAGAUGUUGACUUCAUAGUGGCAACUAGUACAUUUGAGCAUGACCUUCACUCUAACUGGGUGCUCCGGGACCCUCGUCGAAUCUCCAUGACAGAGUCAAAGCCCAAGUCGUCAGAUAUCAUCCCUGGGCAAGAAGCCCAGCGGAGGGUAGGCAUGGGGAGCACAGGUAGUAGGAGACGCCUGCAACAGAACCCUAUCCACCUGCCAAAAGUGGUGGAGAGUGCCUUUCAGACACUGCGCUUCAAACCUAAGCUAAAGAAGAAAGACUAGCCGCUUAUGAAAUCAAACCGAUGCAACACGGUUACAUUCCAGGUUUAGUACACAGAUGACAACUUUUCAGGUGUGUUUUCAGGUGACCAAGAGUUGUGCAUUGUGAGAUUGGACCUGGUAGAAAGACUGAGCAACAGUCUUAGAAGACUGAAUCAACCCACACGGCAAAACUACAGAGUUGUGUUGUGGAAUACGGAUGCAAGCUCUGAUGUAAUGUCAGUGUUUUUGAGCUUACUCACUGCCCCAGCUUCAUUAAUUAUGCACAGCAGAUCAGAGUCUCCUUUUCAGUAGCUCUCAAUAGCAAACACUUAAGGCAAUCAACAGAGCAUAACCACUCUGCUUGACAUAGAACAAUCAUCCUGUGCACUGAUUCCAUCCAGGCUAAGAAACAGUCAUUUCCUUAUCACAAUAACUUAAAUCAAAGGAUCCCUGAUCUGAAGAACCAGUCAGAUAACAAGGCAGAUGGAUGAUUUACAACACAUUAAGGCCAAGGGGCCAGGUCAUUACUGCCUAGUUACACUAGUUGAUAAGAAAUGGGUAAACAUAACCCAAUUUAAAGGGACAGUUCACCCCCCAAAAAAAAAAAAAA